UGUUACUUUCUGUUUAUGUAGUGCGAUACGGUCUAAUGUCGCUGUUAAUGCAGAACAAGUACAGAUUACGUUAAUUUACUUAACUUAAUCUGCGUUUAGCUUUUAGCAAAUAUUGACGAUGACCCAUGUGUUUAUUUUUCUCUCUUUGUUGGUGCCUUUACGCGCGGAUGAUCCUGUCGUUUUUAAUGUAGUUGGAGUGCCAGUGUUUGUGAAGGAGGGAGAUUCAGUCACUCUACAUGUUGAUGAUACGUCAGAUAAACGAGAGAUGAGAUAUUUUCUAGAUAUUACAUGGAGUUUUAAUUACAAUCGCAUAGCUGUAAUUGAUUACAACUAUUUUCACAAUGAAAAUCACAGUAGGAUCUGUACAGAUGUUCAGUGUAAAGAUGGUGAUGAGAGAUUCAGAGACAGACUGAAGCUGGAUCAUCAGACCGGAUCUCUGACAAUCAGAGACAUCAGAACCACAGACUCUGGACUUUAUUAUCUAGAUGGCUUCGGCUUUCACAACCUUGAGAAGAUCUUCAUUGUUGCUGUUCAUGGUGUUUUUGGUGUUGGUUCAGAUGGAAGGUCAGUGUUUGUGAUGGAGGGAGAUUCAGUGACUCUAAACACUGACGUUAAAACAAAACAAAAUACAGAGAUUAGAUGGUAUUUUAAUAAAGAUAUCAUCGCUGAAAUCAAUAGAGAUCUCAAUAAGAUCUGUACAGAUGUUCAGUGUAAAGAUGGUGAUGAGAGAUUCAGAGACAGACUGAGACUGGAUCAUCAGACUGGAUCUCUGACCAUCACAAACACCAGAACCACAGACUCUGGACUUUAUGCACAACAAAUCAACCACAGAAGCCACAGCUCACUUCAGAAAUUCGCUGUUGUUGUUCAUGAAGUCCCUGCUGCUGAACGAGAUCAAAUGAAGACAAAGUCAGUGAAGGAGGGAAAAUCUUUUUUAUUAAAUCCUGAUCCUGUGUUAAAAAACCCAAAUGAUCUGAUGACGUGGUAUUUUAAUGACACUCCUAUAGCUGAAAUCACUGAGGAUCAUAGUAGGAGUUACACAGAUGUUCAGUGUAAAGAUGGUGAUGAAAGAUUUAGAGGCAGACUGAAGCUGGAUCAUCAGACUGGAUCUCUGACCAUCACAAACACCAGAAUCACAGACUCUGGAGUUUAUAAACUAAAGAUCAGCAGCCGCAUCAGCAGCAUCAGCAUCAUUAGGAGCUUCAGUGUCACUGUCAUUGUUACAGGUGGAGGGUCAGUGUCUGUGAUGGAAGGAGAUUCAGUCACUCUACAGACUGGCAUUAAAACAAAAACAACAGAAAUGAUUGAGUGGUAUUUUAAUGGCUUUCAAAUAGCUGAAAUCACUGGAGAUCUUCAUUAUAUCUGUACAGAUGUUCAGUGUGAAGAUGCUGAUGAGAGAUUCAGAGACAGACUGAAUCUGGAUCAUCAGACUGGAUCUUUGACCAUCACAAACACCAGAAACACAGACUCUGGACUUUAUAAACUACAGAUCAACAGCAGAAGAGGCAAAAUCAGGACAAAGAUUUUCAUUGUUGCUGUAUCUGGUUUUCUUGGUGUCGGUGAAGAUGGAUUAUCAGCAUUUGUGAUGGAGGAAGAUUCAGUCACUCUACACUCUGAUAUUAAAACAAACCAACAGACCGUUAUUAAAUGGAUUAUGAAUGACAUUCGCAUUGCUGUAAUCACUGGAGAUCUUAGUUAUAUCUGUACAGAUGUUCAGUGUAAUGAAGGUACUGAGAGUUUCAGAAACCGACUGAAGCUGGAUCAUAAAACUGGAUCUCUGACCAUCGCAAAUAUCUCAAUCACAGACUCUGGAUUUUAUCAACUAGAGAUCAGCAACACCAAUAAAAUUACAUUUGGUGUUCAAGUCCAUAAAUUUUCUGCUGCAAAACGAGAUGAAAUAAAGCGAAAGUCAGUGAAAGAGGGAGAAUCUGUCACUUUGGACACUUAUUUAAUAAAAACCCCACAUCAUUCAUUGUCAUGGUAUUUUAAUGACACUUGUAUAGCUGAAAUCAGUGGAAAUCAGAGCAAGAUCUGUACAGAUGUUCAAUGUGAAGAUGGUAAUGAGAGAUUCAGAAACAGACUGAAGGUGGAUCAUUCAUCUGGAUCUCUGACCAUCACAAACAGCAGAAUCACAGACUCUGGAGAUUAUCAACUAAAUAUCACCAGCAGGAGGAUCAGCAUCAUUAGACACUUCAGUGUUUCUGUCACUGCUGAUCUAACAGGAAUAUAUGGUGCUGUUUCUACUGUUCUGCUGCUGGUGAUCGCAUCUGCUGGUUUAAUUUACUCUUGCAAGUGCCAUUCAAGAAGGAAACACAUCAGGACCCAGUGCAAUGAUCAGGUACAUGAUGUUGAAGACUUCUCCCCUAAUCAGACUGAAUCUAUUUCUCCUGCCAGUCAGACAUCCCAGACUGAGACUGAUGCUGUUAAUGAGGCACCAACGUAACAUUAUUCAUUAUUAUGAUACUUUCAUAAAAGAGGCAGUGAAGAGAAGAUUGGAAAUCUUCAUCAGCUAAAAAUAACAACACACACACACGCAUGCAUGUUUGUUUUUGUAAACUGUAAUGACUUUCCUUAGACUUCUAUAGUUUUUAUACUGACCAAAUUUUCUAUCCCCUAACCCAACCCUAACCCUAAACCAACCUCUUACAGAAAACCUGUUUGCAGUGUUUCUGAUAAACAUCAUGUACUAUUUUUAAUAAUUUUUUUGUUUCCC